CGGGCAGGGCUGUUGGGCUGAGAGAGAAAAUAUCCACCAGCGACUUUUUCGACUCUCUUGCCUAUUAGGGUUUCGGAGUGCUCUCUGGUUUCCCACUGUCUCUCGAUCGCCGCUCUCAACAGACAAAAGAUGAGGCCUAUCUUCUGUGGUAACUUUGAGUAUGAUGCUCGCCAGUCGGAGCUGGAACGGCUUUUCAAGCGAUAUGGGAGGGUUGAAAGAAUCGACAUGAAGUCUGGUAAGUAUCUUGUCUGGCUCAUACUUUUUUAUGUUGCAUUUGGGGAAACUAAACUGCUAGCUUUGAUCAUUACUCAAGUUUAGCUUCUUCUGGGAUCAAUCUGGUAGGGACCUUUGUGCUUUAACUCAUACUGUUUUGCUCUCGUCCAAGACUAUCCUUUUUUACUUCAUAGAUGCGCUUGUGAAACACUGAAAACAUUCGGUUUGCACAAUCUGGGACACCGCUCCCUACAUUCCUCAUUAAUUCAAACAAUCGCAUUGGAAUAGCCUCUCAGAUGCCACGCCUUUGGUUACAUCUGGAUAGCAGAACAACAACUUUGUUAUGCCGUCCAGAAUCGUCUUCCAGUGUUUUCCUCCUGAAACCAGUGCAUCGUAUUUUGGCGAAGUUGGUAUGCCGCCAUCGACGCCGAUCUGUGAUGUCCAACAAUCCCUCUACCGAUCAGCGCACAACUCAGUCUGCCUCCCCAUGCCUGUGCAUCUCUCUGGAGGCAUAUCAGCAAGAUGGUCCAACAUUCAUUUCGUCUACGAAUCAGAAGCAGCAUUCUUCCGUUGUUGAGUUACAGUGGGGGUUCAGGAUAUGUUAAAAAAAGAAUGUUUAUUGAAGCAUAAACCCCCAUACUCAACAUUUUGUUUGACGCAGGACAUUCUUGGCAAAUUCGUACUCUUUCCGGCUAAAGGAUGGGCACCCAGUCCGUUUCCUGACAACAACGAGCCUCCUUUUCUUGUUUCCACCAAGAAGAGUCUUCUCUUUUCCGCAAAGGCAGAACUAUACCGAAUUUCCUCAGACAUAAUUGCAUUGCAUUCCUCAUGAACUUUGCCCCGCAUUCAAUUUCACGACAUGUUUCCGCAUAGAAACAUUGCCCAACCUCACAGCAGAGGCAGCAGAAAUUCUUGCAGAGGCAUUCUAAUUUCCAUUGACCCAACCAUGAGACAACCACUUUUGGAUUGUAGUCCCCUUGGCAUCUCUUAGUUCAUCACAGAAGGAUUUGCAUUCAUCUAUAUGGAAGAUGAAAGAGACGCUGAGGAUGCAAUCCGUGGACUUGACCGCAUAGAGUUUGGUCGUAAGGGUCGUAGGCUUCGUGUUGAAUGGACUAAGCAAGAACGUGGUGCGAGGAGGCUUGAUAGUGGUGGCGGUGGCGGCUCAAGGAGAGCUUCUAACACAAGGCCUUCUAAAACCUUGUUUGUUAUAAACUUUGAUUCGCAGCUUACAAGGACAAGAGAUUUGGAGAGACACUUUGAGCCAUAUGGAAAGAUAGCGAGUGUGAGGAUUAGGAGAAAUUUUGCUUUUGUUCAGUAUGAAGCACAAGAAGAUGCCAGCAAAGCCUUGGAAGCUACAAACAUGAGCAAGUUGAUGGACAGAGUUAUUUCAGUGGAAUAUGCAGUUCGAGAUGAUGAUGAGAAGAAAGAUGGUGGCGGCUAUAGUCCAGAGAGAACUCGCGAUAGGUCCCCAAAGAGAGGAAGCCCUGAUUAUGGCCGUGGCCCUAGUCCCUACAGGAGAGAGAGGGGAAGUCCUGACUAUGGUGGUCGCGGCCGCCGCAGUCCUAGCCCUUACAAGAAGGAAAAAUCUAGUCCGGAGCAUGGGCGACGCCGUAGCCCUAGUCCUUAUAAGAAAGGCAGAUCAAGUCCUGAAUAUGCUCGGGAAUCAGCCCGUAGCCCUUACAAAAGGGAGAGGGCGGGUAGUGACCAGGGUCGUGGUGGAGGCAGGGAGAGGGGUAAAACCGACAAUGGCCGUGGACGCAGCCCUAGCCCUUAUGAAAGAGACGCGGCUGCUGAAGCUGACAAUGGUAAUGGGAUGGACAGCAGUCCAUAUGAAAGGGAGAAAGGUGAGGUGAAGAAUGGACGUGGUUCGAGCUAUGAAAGGGAUGGUGGGAGUCCUAGCAAUGGUCGCAGGGCUAGCCCAGCUGAAGAAAGGGACAGCCCGAAUGAUGGAAGGGCUGAUAGCCCCCCCAUGCGUGAUAGAUUCAAGAGGUAA